AAUAAUAAUAAUAAUAUUAAUUUAAAAAAGUGUUUCCUCAACAAUGAUUGAACUUAUCACUUCGAAUUCAGCAACAGAUUCGUUGCGCCGAAAGCUGGAAGAUGUGUUGAAAUUGAUGCUCUUGGUCUGGGCACGCGAGUCGCAUGUAAUCUCCAAGAUUACAGCCGGCGAAAGGGGCGUUGACAAAACUAUUGUGGUAAAGAGUGAAUCCGGCGAAUUUGGCUUUCGCAUACAUGGCUCGAAGCCGGUAGUCGUUGCCGCUAUUGAACCAGAAACACCCGCCGAAAGUUCUGGCCUCGAAGUGGGCGACAUAAUUAUCUCUGUGAACGGCGUCGAAGUGUUGGAUAAACAUCACACCGAAGUGGUGAAGAUUGCGCACGAUGGCUGCGAAAUACUCGAGUUGGAGGUGGCGCGCACCAUUGGCGUACUCAUGCACGAGCAGCAGGAGCCGCCCAGCCAACCGAUCUUCAGCGGCUAUUUGUGGCGGCAGAGCGGUCAGGCGAAGGGCGCACCAAAUACCAAGAAAUGGGUGCGACGCUGGUUCUCGCUGCGGCCAGACAAUUGCCUUUACUACUACAAAACAGAGGAUGACACACAACCCGUUGGCGCUAUGAUCAUGGCCAAACACACAGUUGAUCACUGCCCGCCAGAGGUCGGCAAGCCGCACGCCUUCAAAAUUGAUUCUGGCGAAGGUAUACCACUGUAUGUGGCUGCUGACUCUGAGGAAUUGUCCAGCCGUUGGAUUAAGUUGCUGAAGCAAGCGGCCACACAGGGCACACCCUGGCUAGAUAAUUGCGCUCACAAUCUCUAUCAACCACCGAGCAGCAUUACACGUCCGGACUGUUUUGGUUACCUGCUGAAAUUGGGCUCCCGCUGGUGUGGCUGGUCGAAACGCUACUGUGUGCUGAAGGAUGCUUGUUUGUAUUUCUAUCAGGAUGCGAAUAGCAAAACGGCAUUUGGUAUGGCGUGCCUGCAUGGCUACAAGGUUUCGUCAAUGUCGACUAACGCCUCUGGCAAGAAGAAUUCCUUUGAGAUUAUUCCACCAGAGACUAAAUUGCGGCAUUACUAUUUCUGCACCGAAUCUGAGAUGGAUAAAAAGAGAUGGAUUUCGGCUCUUGAAUAUUCCAUCGAUCGUUGGAUAAAAUCUGGGUAACUAAAGUUGAGAACGAUUGGGAGUAAACGCAAGCGUAGUUUCAGUUACUACUUGGAGUGAAUAGUGAGCAAAGUGGAAGCACUGGGAAUGCAAAGCGACAAAACGGAUUGAUUUUGCUGCCAAAAUAACCCAAAUAAGAAAAAAUAUUUUUGAAAA